AUGGAUAAUUUAUAUAAUUAUGAUUAUCAAUUUCGUUUAAUUGUUGUUGGAGAUUCAACUGUUGGAAAGUCAUCACUAUUACGAACAUUUUGUGAUGGAAUUUUUUCUCAAGAUCCAGAUCCAACAGUUGGUGUGGAUUUUCAUGUAAGAAUAGUUGAAAUAAAACCAGGUGUUAAAGUUAAAUUACAAUUAUGGGAUACAGCUGGACAAGAACGAUUUAGAAGUAUUACACGUGCCUAUUAUCGUAAUUCAGUUGGUGUUCUUCUUAUAUAUGAUACAACGAAUUAUGUUAGUUUUACACAUGUAACCAGUUGGUUAAAUGAUGCUCGUCAACAAAUUGAACCAUAUCAUUGUGUUUUUCUCCUUGUUGGUACUAAAAUUGAUCGAGAAUCUGAACGACAAGUGACAACAGAAGAAGGCAAAGCCUUUGCAGAUUUUCAUAAUAUUCCAUUUAUUGAAACAUCAUCAAAAUCUUCUCUCUAUGUUCAAGAAGCAUUUGCACUUAUUGCUCGUGAAAUUUAUGAUUUAUUAAUUGAAGGACGUAUUCAUAUUCAAAAAGGAUGGGAUGGAGUGAAAGCUGGUCCUAAUACAGCAAGUACAAAUCAGAAUCAAUCAAUUGAUAUCAUGCAGAACAAUCAACCUCAUCGAAUUAUUGUUAUUCGUAAUAGUCGUCUUCUUCUUGGUUGUGUUGAUAAAAGUGUAUUAGGUGCAAAUGGAAAAACAAAUGUUUUCUAUUUACUUUUACGUGAUUGUUCUGAAGUAGCAGCAGCUGUAGCUAUGGCACGUUUAGCACGAUUGACUAUGAAUCGAGGUUUUUCUAUUCGUCUAGUUGAUGUAACACCCGGUGAAAAUUUAUUAAAAGCAAAACGUGCAUUAGUUACUGAUGGUUAUAAUAAUUGUAACAAUUAUAUUCAACAAGCAAAAGAAGAUAAACUUCAAUUACAAUCUGGUUGUUCACGAGAACAAACACUUGAAGCAUUGAUUUUAAAAGAACUUUCUGAAGUUCUUGAAUCCGUUGGUAAAUUAUGUUUUCAAGAGUUACAACGUUCAAGUAACAGUCCACUCAUUAUGGCUAUUUCUGGAUCAAAAGGAUCAAAUAUAAAUAUUUCUCAAAUGGUUGCUUGUGUUGGUCAACAAGCUAUAAGUGGCUCUCGUGUACCAAAUGGUUUUGAAGAUCGUUCAUUGCUACAUUUUGAAAAAGAUUCAAAGAUUCCAGCAGCAGAAGGUUUUGUUGAAAAUAGUUUUUAUUCUGGUUUAACACCAACAGAAUUUUUCUUUCAUACAAUGGGUGGUCGUGAAGGUCUUGUUGAUACUGCGGUAAAAACAGCUGAAACAGGUUACAUGCAACGUCGUCUUGUUAAAUGUCUUGAAGAUUUAUGUUGUCAAUAUGAUAUGACUAUACGAACAAGUACAAAUGAUAUUGUUCAAUUUACAUAUGGUAGUGAUUCAUUAGAUCCAAUAUUUCUUGAAGGUAAAAAUCAACCUGUUGAUUAUGAACGAAUAUAUCAACGUGCUCGAGCAAAAUAUCGUUAUGAUGAUGAACAUCCAUUAUAUGGAAGUGAAAUGAAUAAUUUUGUUUGUCAACAACUUCAACAAAAUGAAUAUUCAAUAAUGGACGAAGAAUAUAAAAAACAUAUUAUUAAAUUUAUUGAAAAAGUUUCAUCAAAUGUUGAUGCAAUUCGAACGAAACAUCAUAUUAAUGAUGGUUCGAUUUCUAAUAUUGAAGAAGAUGAACAAGAAUUAAAAUCAAAUUCAAAUCAAAAACGUAUAUCAAUAGUAACAACUAAUCGUUCAAAUAAAAAACAACGUUCAAUACCAAAUGUUCUUUAUGAAAUUGAACGAUGUACAAAAUCACAAUUACUUGAAUUUCUUCAAUUAUGUAAAUAUAAAUAUGGUCGAGCACGACUUGAACCAGGUACAGCUAUUGGAGCACUUUGUGCACAAAGUAUUGGUGAACCAGCAACACAAAUGAAAUUAAAAACUUUUCAUUUUGCUGGUGUUGCUUCUAUGAAUAUAACACUUGGUGUACCACGUAUUAAAGAAAUAAUAAAUGCUGUUAAAACUCCUUCGACUUCAUUGAUUACAGCUGAAUUAAUGAAUGAACAUGAUCAAGUUUUUGCACGUAAAGUAAAAGGUCGUAUUGAAAAAACAUAUCUUGGUCAAAUUUCACAAUAUAUUGAAGAAGUCUAUGAAUGUGAUGAUUGCUAUUUAUUAAUAAAAUUUGAUCUUGAUCGUAUACGUUUAUUACUACUUGAAAUAAUUCCAACAUCAAUUAUAGAUUCAAUUGUUGAAGAUAAAAAAAUGAAAAGGGGUAAAUAUAAUCAAUUAACAUUAGCUUCAUCAGAUACUAUUACUUUACAUGUAUCAGAUACAUUAAAAGGCAAUAUGUAUUAUACAAGGAAACGUUAUAAAGAAAUUUUACCAAAUAUUGUUGUUAAAGGCAUAUCAACAGUUGAUCGUGCUGUAAUAACAAAGGAUGAAAAAGACGAUAAAAAACAAAUUAUUUGUUGA